AUGGCUUAUAAAAAUGAAGGAAGAAUUCUUGUCGAGAUUUUGCUCAGGGGAAUAGUCCUGAUUCUUGCCUUUUUAUACUAUCGAUUUGAAGACCCGGAAGCUUGGCUUGCUCAGCGACCGGGGGACGUUCAAGGAGAUACCGUCGAAUACAUCCCGGAAGAAGAGGAAAAAGACGAGCGAUUUCGCGAUCGCCGCAUUGACCCGCUGAUCCACCACGUCGACGAGACGGACUAUGUUCAUCAAAUGAAGCCACUUGAAUGA